UAUGUGAUAGAUGAUGAAUAUACAAGUUCUGUUGGAACCAAAUUCCCAGUAAAAUGGGCACCACCUGAAGUAUUAAGUUACACAAGAUUUAGUAGUAAAUCUGACAUCUGGGCUUUUGGAGUAUUAAUGUGGGAGAUAUUUACAGCUGGUGAAAUGCCCUAUGGUAAAAUGAAAAAUAGUGAUGUGGUAGAUUAUGUAGUCAGUGAUAAUAAGAGGUUGAAUCAACCACCAGCAGCUCCUGAUAUUAUUUAUAAAAUCAUGAAGAAAUGCUGGAAAUUAGUGAGUAUUAGUUUUAUAUGA